CAUUCAGUCGCCACUCCGUAGUUAGCCAACGUAAAAUCGAAACAUUGAAGCUCUUUAGAACAUUUUUGUGUGUCUUGAUCUCGGUGUCGUUUGCUUGUUAAAAUUGACACAUUUGUUAAUAAGGUUGACUAUACUGAGCCUAAGCACUAGGCUAAUGCUAAUUUUAGGUAGCCCAACCAUGAACUCACAAAGAUACUCCCUUCCUGCUAAAGAAGUGGGGGUCUCCUGGACGAAGAAAGAAGCUUUGGGUCUGAACAUUGUCGUAAAAGAAGAGGAAGAGGAGAAUAUUACAGUGAAAGAAGAGGAAGAAGCUUUCAGAAUAAAACAGGAGGAAGAGGAGGCUAUCACGUUGAAAGAAGAGGAUGUUAUAGUGAAAGAAGAGAAAGAACCUUUUGGAGUGAAAGAGGAAGAUGAGGCUAUCUCAAUAAAAGAGGAGGAGGAAGAUGUUUUGGGAGUGAAAAAGGACGAGGAGGAAGGAGAGGAAGUGGAGACUGGAGAUCUGAUUGACACUAGAGAGAGACCAGGCUCUCACUCUGACAGCGGGAAGAGUCCUUCAGGGGAACCAGUCCCAGAGACGCCCAAACCAGCUGGAAAACACCACUGUUCCCUCUGUGGAAAGAGUUUUACCUGGUUAGGGUACCUAAAACGGCAUGAGAGGACACACACAGGAGAAAAGCCUUUCCAAUGUUCCCAGUGUGGAAACAGUUUUACCGUGGUAGCUAACCUGAAAAGGCAUGAGAGAAUACACACUGGAGAAAAGCCUUAUCACUGUUCCCACUGUGGAAAGAGUUUUACUCAGUUAGGGAACCUAAAACAGCAUGAGUGGACACACACGGAAGAAAAGCCUUACCACUGCUCCCAAUGUGAAAAUAGAUUUUCACGAUCCGUGGACCUAAAAGCUCAUGUGAGAACACACACAGGAGAAAAGCCUUUCCAAUGUUCCCAGUGUGGAAAGAGUUUUACCGUGGUAGCUAACCUGAAAAGGCAUGAGAGAAUACACACUGGAGAAAAGCCAUUCCAAUGUUCCCAUUGUGGAAAGAGUUUUACUCAGUUAGGGCACUUAAAAAAGCACGAGUGGACACAUACAGGAGAAAAGCCUUAUCACUGUUCCCACUGUGGAAAGAGAUUUUCACGAUCAGGGGACCUAAAAACUCCCGAGACAACGCACAUAGGAGAAAAACCUUUCCAAUGUUCCCAAUGUGGAAAGAGUUAUGUUACCUAAAAGUCACGGUACCUAAAAGAGCAUAAGAGAAUACACAGAGGGGAAAAGCUUACCCAAUGUUCUUAGUGUGGUGACGGGAUCUCUCAAAUAGAUGGUAUGAAGAUAGUUGAGAACAAAGCCUUAUGUCCCUACAGUGGAGAGUGUUUUACCAUGUUAGUUAACCUGAAAAUACAUAAAAGAAUACGCUCUGGAGAAAAGCCUUUCCACUGCUCCUAAUAUGAAAAUACUUUUGCCAGGUUAGGGAGUCUGGAGUCACAUGAGUGGACACACAGAGACCAGGAGCACUACCACUGGUCCCACUGUGGAACAUGUUUUAACCAGUAAGAGAAGAGGAGCACUACCACUGGUCCCACUGUGGAACAUGUUUUAACCAGUAAGAGAAGAGGAGCACUACCACUGGUCCCGCUUCUUUAACCAGUAAGAGAAGAGGAGCACUACCACUGGUCCCACUGUGGAACAUGUUUUAACCAGUUAGAGAAGAGGAGCACUACCACUG